AUGACCGAGAUUGUCGAUCUUCUCUCGAGCUCUCCGCCUCGGCCACCCACAGCUCGCCAACCAUCUCUCCCGGCUGCAGGCUCCAAACGGCCCCCACCUAGGGAGAAAUCACCAAUUAUCGAAGAUGCCCUCUUCGUCUCGGACGAUGAUUUGGCAGCUAACCCAGUGGUUGGAACUGGGUGGUCAUGGAAAGGGCUUAACGCAGAAGGACCAGCGACCAAGAAGCGCCGGAUAAGCGCAGCAGACUCAAUCGUAUCGAGUCCAAAAAGGAACUCUCCGUCAUUGGCAGCUUCGAUUCCUCCACCUUCUGCGCAGCCCAGGGAUCAGCAACGGAGUAGCUCUGUCCCUAAAGGAGUAAAGAACAUUGGGGGAAAGUUCUACCGACCCGGGCUUGAUGAUUCGGAAGGUGAAAUGGAUGAUGACCCUUUCCGAAGCCCGUCACCUAAGGGGAAAGAGGUUGUAUCUACGCGAAGGGGAUUCGACCAGCCAGAAAUAGACCUUUUGUCUGACGAUGAACCGGACACUGACCCUUUCAGAUGUUCGCCACCUAGGGGCAAGGAGACUGCAUCAACGCGGAGAGGUCUUGACCAGCCAGAAGUGGACUUUCUGUCUGACGACGAGCUUUUUGUGAGCGAGACACCCCAAGAUAAGGGGAAACAGCCGAUGCCAGCUGUACCGAAGCGGAAUCUUAUGGCGGAGGAUAUCAUCUCAAGCUCGCCGGCGCUGACGCAGCGAGCAAAGAGCACACUCAGCAAGACUGCUGACUGGGAUCCUAUCUCGAGCUCGGCGCCCAUUCCAGCCUCUGAUAUUGGCCACCCGCCGGAGCCAUCUCGUCCCUUCCGCAAGACUUGGUCAGAGGUCAUUUUGCUUGACGAUUCUGACGACGCCAUGGAUGAUGUGGACUCCGAUAGAGACGAUCUCCCUGAUAUUAUGGACCUUGCCAGUUCCAAGCGAAAAACCACCUCUGGGUCAACCUCUAAGCGGCCGCCGACAGUUACCGAAUCAAGGAACAAGAGGUUCACCACAGCAGAGAAAGCAACCGAAGCCGCCGCCCUCGCCGCCGAAAGAGAGCGCAAGCGUCUCGAGAAAGAAGCCGCCAAAGAAACCAAAGCCUUUGAAAAGAAAAAAGCAGCCGCCCUCGCAGAAGUGAACAAACUUCGCACCGACAAAAAGGUCUCUACCCCCGAAAUGAUUGUCGACCUCCCCAUCGGCCUCAACCCAACCAUCAAAAUCCAGGCCGAGAAACUUCUAAAAGACCUCUCCGUCCAAGUCCAAUCCUCCCGCUCCCCGGUUAACAACAUCGUCCGCUGGAAGCGAAAGGUAGACGCGGAAUACAACCCUGCCCUUUCCAUCUGGGAACCUGUUCCCCAUCGAACCGACACGGAGAAGUACGCCAUGGCUAUCAUGCCCGCCGCUCGGUUUGUGGAGUUAUGCCUCUCCCCAUCCAUCCCAAACCUGGACUCGCAUGUUUCCUCAAUGAAGUCCAGUUUUCCCGGAUUUACCUUGAUCUACCUAAUCGAAGGCCUAAACCCCUUCCUCCGCAAGAAAAAGUCCGCUCGAAACAGGCAGUUUGUCUCCGCCGUCCGUGACGGACUUGAUCACCCUUCUAGCACCCAGCCCAACCUGCCGGCCAACAACAACCAAAAAAUAAUCAACGAAGACCUCGUCGAGGAAUCCCUCCUCCAGCUACAGCUUGUUCACUCAGCUCUCAUCCACCACACCAACGCCCCGAUUGAAACCUCGCAGCAAAUCGCCGUUUUUACUCAGCACAUCUCCACUGCGCCGUACCGGCGGUUGAGGGAUCAGACGAAUGACACCCAGGCGGGGUUCUGCAUGGACUCUGGGCAGGUCAGGACUGGGACCGAGACGAAGGAUAUUUAUGUGAGGAUGCUGCAGGAGGUUGGGCGGGUCACGAAGCCGAUCGCGGUGGGGAUUGCGCAGGAGUAUGAGAGCGUGAGUCGGUUGAAGAGGGCGAUGGAGGAGGAGGGGCCGUUGAUACGGGAGACGGUGAGGAAGGGGACGAAUAGGGAUGGGGGGUUUAGUGAUCGGGCGGUUAGGCAGGCUAUUAGUAGGCGGGUGCAUAAGAUAUUGCUGGGGAGGGAUGGGGGGAGUAGUGAUAUUUGA